AAAGUGCCUCCUGUGCGUUACCACACACUCCACAUUCAAGCAAAGAUCGAGUUGAUGAAUUGCUAGAUACCAAAAAAACAACAACAUAGAAUUGUUGUCAUCAUCUUUCACUCAAUUAAUCAGCUCUUAGUUUUAGUACCAAGCUAGAGUACGUUCCCAUUAGCUAGCUGUUCUUUCCCUGUAGCGAUACAAGAACAGAUACAGCAGAGAGUUCGUUCACCAACUCUUUGGUUAAUUCGAUUCUUCAUGGCGCCUACUGGAGACGCAGCGGCCGCACAGGCGCCGGCACCGAAGAAGCAGUCGGCGAAGUCGAGGAGGAUCUCGAUUGAGGGGCUGCAGCGCGCCAUGUCCGACCUGGCCCUGGAGCUGGCCAGGGACAGCAAGAAGCAGGCCGCCACGCCCGCCGACGCCGACGCCGACGCCGCCAAGCUGCAGCAGCUGCCGGCGAUCGCGGAGCAGCAGCAGCAGCAGCAGCAGACGGCUGAGGAGGAGGAGGAGGAGCUGGCGCGGUGCGAGUGCUGCGGCAUGCAGGAGGUGUGCACGCCCCAGUACGUGCGCCGCGUCCGCGACCGCUACUGCGGGCGCUGGGUGUGCGGGCUGUGCGCGGCGGCCGUCAGCGCCGAGGCCGAGGGCGGCCGCGCGACGACGGAGGCCGCGCUCGCGGCGCACAUGGCCGUGUGCGGGCGGUUCAACCGCGUGGGGCGCGCCAACCCCGUGCUCCUGCAGACGGAGGCCAUGCGGCAGAUCCUCAGGAAGCGGGGCGCCAGGUGCGACAGCCCCCGGGUCCGGGACCGCGGCGCCCGCCCCGCCGCCGCCGCCGCGCUCGCCAGGAGCUCCAGCUGCAUCCCCGCCAUAACCAAGGACUUCAACUGACGAGCUAGAUGAGAGGACGACACCGACACCGGCCUUCUUCGAUCCAUCUCUAGCGUUUGUUUGCUUGGAGCGCUGCAUCUCGGUGCAUCUGCGUGCAUGCAUGAGACUGAAAGGCCUCGGCAUGGAUGGGCAAUGGGCAUGUAUCUUAUAUAUGUAUGUUGUUUAUUUCAGUAUAUUAUAUUUUAGGUGUCUAAAAUUUAAGUUGAUUUUGUAACACUCUUGUACCAUAAAAUAGUAUAAGUAAAAUAUUGCUUUUGUGAUUUGAUU